GCUACACCAACUCAAGUAAUCAACCGUGUUUGCGGUGUUGCAUUUUGCGAGACUCUCACGAUGGAAGACACGCGUGUGCUGUCCCAGGCCCAGGUCAAUCGAUUCUGUCGUCAAUUCUUGCAACUAGAGCGAGAUCUUGAUUACCCAGAAGGACCAGUCCUGCGCCAGGAGAGCACACAGAAAGCCAUACACGAGCAACUGUUCUCUCCUGACGGCUCUAGCUACUCUCCGCCUGUCAGGUACCAGCUCAGAGUCCUGAAAGAAUUGGUGCAGAGGGUUGAAUCCAGCAUUGAGGAUUGGGACACCCAUGGCGUCUCCGAGGAUCUCAUGGAUGUACUUGCGGAACUGCUCGCCUCUCCCAUUCCUCCAGAGACAUUUGGCGCCCAGCAAAAAUCCUAUGUGACAUAUCAUCUGUCCGAGCUCACACAAACGACGACUUUACAAGAGGCUGCAAAUUCGGAAAUCACACUUCUGGAGGCCCGAUCUUUGAUCUCGGCCUCUGGCACUACCGGCCUUCGUACGUGGGAGGCAGCGCUUCAUCUGGGCCAGUAUUUUUGCGUCAACCCAGAACUAAUCCGCGGCAAGCGUGUACUUGAGCUCGGCGCUGGUACCGGCUAUCUGGCCAUUUUAUGUGCGAAGCACCUCUGUGCGGCACAGGUUAUUGCCUCUGACGGGUCCGACGAUGUCAUCAACAACUUGCCAGAGUCUUUCUUCCUAAACGACUUGCAAGACAGCCCGAUAAUCACUCCGAUGGAUCUUAAAUGGGGUCACGCACUUGUCGGCACCGAGGACCAACAAUGGAACCAAGGCAUGCCUAUCGAUGUUGUCUUCGGGGCAGACAUUACGUACGAUCAGAGCAUCAUACCACCGUUGAUCGGGACUAUCGAGGAGCUUUUCGGCAUGUUUCCUCAGGUCGAGGUCCUCAUCUCGGCAACGGAACGCAACGAGGCCACUUUCAAUGCUUUUCAAAGUCGUUGCCGUGAUGCAGGGAUGGAGUUGAAUGAGCUGUCCUUCCCGAUAGCCCCGGAAGCCAAGCAGGCCGGCCCGUUCUACAGCGAUGCUGUGCCUAUUCGAAUUUGUAGGAUACGAAAAUCAUGACAAUACCAGGCGAUUUUACAGCAAGCGUCAAUAUCACUACUCAAAUGCACCAGUUCCCAGUCCCCUCUCUGAGACGGACAGAGCCUUGAAAGAGACGCAAGGCCAAUGGUGGGAACGUUUGCUCCUACCUCGGCAUACUUACAGAUAACUUGUUUUUAGUAAUUCGCCAUAUGCCAUUACUUUAAGAGCUAUUUGCAACGAUUAAUCUAUAGUUCGUCACCCUUAUGUCAUGUUCGCUUCAGCCAUUUGCCAACUUGCCAUCUGAUGCGCACCACGGACCAUGUUGAACCCACGAGGAGUAUACCUCGGGAGACUACCUUUUGAAGUAUCGUUGUAGUCUCUCCAUUUGACGUUGGCAACACCACCCCUUGUCUCGGAUGGCCUGGACCUACAGACGGGAAUGACAAGUUAGCCAAGUCGCAAGACCGGAAUCUGCAAGUUCAUUGAACUUCACUGAAACGCUAAACUUGGCAAACCCUUCAUCAC